UGUUCAUCACCCUUCGCGGGGUCAAUAGUGUGCUGUUCCAUCCGGCAACGGAUCUAUAUAUUCUCGUCAAGUUUUACUCCGUCAAAAUUACUAGUAGAUCUCGAUCGCAGACUUGCCAAGUUCCCGCGAAAAUACCAUUAUGAGCGUGCAAUGCAAACUAUGUAUCGUGUUCUAUUUUUGCCGGUCUCAGUCCACGAUUUCCUCCAAGCGACACUAUGACAAGGUCCUCCGUGGGUUCAACGUAUAAAAGGGAGGAGGCCAAGACCCAUUACCUUCCUCCACAGGCUGCGCUGUACCUUUCGAUCUUCCCCUUCCUCACGCAGUCUAUCAUAUACUUCUUACCUUUUUUUUAUACAUCUUAUCAAAAAUGUUGAAUGCAGCGACCUCUUCCGCUUUGACAUUCUCGUCAACUCCAAAUUUCUAUCGUUCUCCUUCAUCAUUGUCUAUCGUUCUUCCAAAUCCAAAAUCUAUCAUCUUAAGUUAUGCGCGGAGCUCGGUCCUUGCCGUCAUGGAGAAAGCGGUCACCCGCGGACACUUGACUGUCGCCGAUUCUGAAGGAGUUCAUCACUUCGGGACUCGCUCAAAAGGUUGUAACGAUGUCUACCUCAAAGUCGUUAACACCGACUUCUGGAUGCGUAUUCUCUUCUCUCAAGAUCUGGGUUUCAGUGAAGCCUAUAUGAUGGGCGACGUCGAAGUCGACAGUCUGAAGGCUGUCAUGGACCUUUGGCUGGACAACGAGUCUGGAAUGGAUAAUCUGACUUCUGCUGUCUCACGGGUAACAUCGGCUAUUUCCGGACUAUCAAACGCGUUCCUCGGCCAGACGCGUUCGAAAGCCCGUUUGAACGCCAUCGCAAGUUACGAUCAAUCCAAUGAGCUAUUCAAGGCCUUCUUGAGUCAGGAGAUGAUGUACUCCUGCGCCCUGUGGACCGAAGCCGAAGGAGGUGUUCGUGGUGAUUUGAUAUCUGGUCCCACACCCGGGGACUUGGAAGCUGCUCAACUCCGUAAAAUUCGUUAUGUUCUCACGGCCGCCAAGGUCAAGCCAGGUGACCGAAUCCUAGAAUUUGGUUCUGGAUGGGGCGGUAUGGCUAUCGAGGCUGCUCGCACUUUUGGUUGCGAAGUUGACACUUUGACAUUAUCAAAAGAACAAAAGGCUCUUGCUGAGGAACGCGUCAAGGCGGCUGGUCUGCAAGAUGUCAUUCGUGUUCAUCUCAUGGACUACCGCGAGAUUCCUCCUUCGUUCGAAAAGGCCUUUGACGCGUUUAUCAGCAUCGAGAUGCUUGAGCAUGUGGGCUCUAAGUAUUACCACGAUUACUUCAGACUUGUCGACUUUGCUCUCAAGUCCACCAAUGCAACAGCUGUGGUUAGUGCAUCAACAUUCCCAGAAUCGCGAUACUCUGGCUAUCAGCCUGAAGAUUUCAUGCGCAAAUACAUGUGGCCUAAUUCGUGCCUCCCUAGUGCCACGGCACUCAUUACCGCCGCAAACACCGGUUCAGAAGGACGGUUCACCCUUGAGGGUGUCGAAAAUCACGCAGCUCACUACCCACGGACAUUGCGCGAAUGGGGACGUCGGCUUGACGCUAAUGUCAGACAAGACUUGAUUGUCAAAGACUACCCUAGUCUAAAAGACAAUGCCGAAUUCGAUGCUUUCCGACGCAAAUGGCAAUACCUGUUUGCAUAUGCGGGCGCCGGUUUUGCCAAAGGUUACAUCACCUGUCAUAUGCUUACAUUCACGCGUCCGAAUGACUGCCCCGCUACAUGCGACUGAAAUUAAAGUGCAUCAUUGCUCGCGUUCUGAAUCAGGUAUUUGACCGCGGAAGUAAUUCUAGAAAAGGAUCUCAUAAAGAUCGAUUCCUUUGCACAUAGAGUCCCGUGCACAUUACUACUUUAUUCUUCCGAUUAUUUGCUGCUUAUCUAUUCCGCUUAAGUGCGCACAUUUCGUUCUACUCUACUACUGUAUCUAUACGUUGCAUAGGUCUGCGACUUUAUAUCGCAUCCAUACAUCUUACCACCUGUCUCUUAUUUACGUACGGGAAUAUUAUUGUUUUAUGGUCCACUA